AUGGUAUUUCCCGGCCGUUUCAGCACAGGCUGCAUCCGCUGUCGGCAGCGCAAGAUCAAGGUGCGGAGCCGUUCGACUGUGCUUGACGUUUCCACUAUCGCUGACAGAUUCAAGUGCGAUGAGACAAAGCCCACCUGCAAUCGCUGCUAUGUCCACGGUUUACCUUGCCCGGGGUAUACUGACCAGUUUUCAUUUCGCCAGCCAUUAAAAGGUUCUAGUUUCAAAAGCUCCAAGGCAGCCUCCCCAGGUCUAUCCCGGUCCAAAUCAUCAAAUUCGCCGCAACACGGAAAGACUAACGAUAACGGCAAUGGACGUGCCUGGGAACUGGCCAGACUUGUGCACUCUCAAAACACAAGGCUGAUUAGGUUUCCUAUCAUGGAUCUCUGCGAUGAUGACCGCGCCUCCCUAAGUUACUUUAUCCAUCGUUUUGUAGCCCGCAAUAGGGCGGAUAGUUAUCCGAGCAACAUGACCUGCCUCCCCAGUAUAUUGACCCACGAUGGCCACGGCCUUUUGGAGGUCACUACCCUGAGUGUAGCCCAGAUGGCUGCCUACAACCAGCUUGGAUGCGACAGGCUUCGUGUGCAAUCAUAUCGUAAUUACGGUCGAGCUAUUGGUAUGCUGCAGGAUACCAUAUCCUCUGGGCAGGGCGUCACCGAUGACAAAGUCCUUGCUGCAGUCCUUUUGCUCUGCACGUUCAAGGAUAUUAGCGGCGAAGGGUUUGGUGACCCCAGCGAGCAUGCAUCCGGGCUUUAUUUUCUUCUAGAGACGAGAGGGCUUGAGCAGCUUGCAACCGGUCGUGGCUUCGAGCUCUAUGUCCUUUCGCUUCUGCGACUUCACGUAUACUCAUUUUUGCAUGACGACGACACCUAUAGCGACCCUGGUGGAAUGGAGCACUUUCUUGGCCUCUUCGAUCCGCUGAUGCGCGCUAUGUCCUUGACGACGGAGAUGCUGCACUUACGCCAUGCUCUGGUUAGAUCCACGCGUGGUAUGCAGCAAUUUACAGAGACUUUAUCACCGUGUACCCACGAAGACGGGCUAGACGCUCGACUACUGGAAGAAAGCUUCCAGACCCUCUAUAAGUUUGACGACUGGGAUGAAGAGGCCCCAGUCUACUGGAGAAACACGUUUGAGGGUCGCACAGUACCUAUUGCUCUAGGAAGGGUUGCCACGGGGUCGCAUUACUACGACCCCGAGACUGCCUGCACGAUCAUCUUAAUUCGGCUUUCGCGUCUGAUUCUUUUGAUAAGUGUGCUGGAAUAUCUCGAAGCAAGGGUACAACAGCACGUUAGACGUGAAUGCGCUGUUGGCGGUGGAUGGGCCGACUACCUUCCCGCUCUAGAGCAUGAUGUUCGCGUAACAAUUGACGAUAUGCUGUCAUGUGUUCCCUACGCCUUAGACGAGGUGGACACAAGUGGUCGGCCUGUACCCACGCCCAAUGAUGGCGCUGGGGCUCUAAUUAUUCUUCAACCCUUGAAAGUCAUUAUAUCUUGCCAGCGCGCGACAUCCCAGCAGUUACUUGUCUGCGAAUCCUUUCUUGCACGUAUGAAUAGAGCUAUUGGAAUCAAGUCAGCUGCAGUAUUGAAGGAACAAGCUAGUCUUACAAUAGAUACAACAGAGAUAAGGAGUUUAGUUACCUAA